CCCCGCCGCCGCCUCAGCCGCCGCAGCCGCAGCCGCCAUAUCCGCCGCAGCCGACGACGACUGACAUGAGCAAACUGUCGUUCCGGGCCCGGGCGCUGGACGCGUCUAAGCCGCUCCCCGUCUUCCGCUGCGAGGACUUGCCCGACCUGGCCGAGUAUGCCUCCAUCAACCGGGCCGUGCCGCAGAUGCCCACGGGCAUGGAGAAGGAAGAGGAGUCGGAACACCAUCUCCAGCGGGCUAUUUCAGCACAGCAGGUAUAUGGAGAGAAGAGGGAUAAUAUGGUCAUACCAGUCCCAGAGGCAGAAAGUAAUAUUGCUUAUUAUGAAUCUAUAUAUCCUGGAGAAUUUAAGAUGCCAAAGCAGCUUAUUCAUUUACAGCCUUUUAGUUUGGAUGCUGAGCAGCCAGAUUAUGACUUGGAUUCAGAAGAUGACGCCUUUGUGAACAAGCUGAAGAAAAAAAUUGACAUUUCUCCUUUACAAUUUGAAGAAAUGAUAGAUCGUCUAGAAAAAGGCAGUGGUCAGCAGCCAGUCAGCCUGCAGGAGGCCAAGUUACUCUUAAAGGAAGACGAUGAAUUGAUUAGAGAAGUGUACGAGUACUGGAUUAAAAAGAGGAAAAACUGUCGAGGUCCCUCUCUUAUCCCAGCAGUGAAACAGGAGAAGCGUGAUGGUUCCAGCACAAACGAUCCUUAUGUUGCGUUUAGAAGGCGAACGGAAAAGAUGCAGACCCGAAAAAAUCGCAAGAAUGACGAAGCUUCUUAUGAGAAGAUGCUUAAGCUUCGGCGGGAUUUGAGUCGUGCAGUAACUAUUCUAGAGAUGAUAAAAAGGAGGGAAAAAAGCAAGAGAGAGUUAUUGCAUUUAACACUGGAAAUUAUGGAAAAAAGGUAUAAUUUGGGCGAUUAUAACGGAGAGAUCAUGUCUGAGGUAAUGGCACAUCGGCAGCCCAUGAAGCCUACCUAUGCUAUCCCUGUCAUUCCUGUUCCUAAUAGUGCUCAGUUUAAACACCAAGAAAGCAUGGAAUUGAAGGAAUUUAAAGUCAACAAGCAAGAAAAAGUUGACGCUAUAAGACCCAAAAGAAAGUAUGAGAAGAAGCCCAAAGUUGUACCUUCAUCGGCUGCUGCUGCUAUUCAACAAACGACUCCUGCUGCACUGCCAGUCUUUAAUGCUAAAGAUAUGAAUCAAUAUGACUUUCCCAGCUCAGAUGAAGAGCCUCUUUCACAAGUCUUGUCUGGUUCUUCUGAAGCUGAGGAAGAAAAUGAUCCUGAUGGUCCCUUUGCUUUCCGUAGGAAAGCAGGAUGUCAGUAUUAUGCUCCUCAUUUAGACCAAACUGGUGACUGGCCGUGGAGUAACCCAAAUGGGGGCACGUUGGGAGAUGAGCGUUAUAGAUACUGCUUAACAACCCUUACUGUACCCCAGAGGUGCAUUGGGUUUUCACGUAGACGGGUUGGACGUGGUGGAAGGGUGCUGCUAGACAGAGCAUAUUCGGAGAACAACAGUGCAUUUUGCCAGCUAGAUUCGGAAAUGCUUUCCUCACAACAACACUCUUCAAUCAAUCAAUUUGCCAAUACCUCAGAAACAAAUACCUCGGACAGAUCUUUCUCUAAAGACCUCAGUCAGAUACUAGUCAAUAUCAAAUCACGUAGAUGGCGGCAUUUUAGGCCUCGGACACCAUCCCUACAUGACAGUGACAAUGAUGAACUUUCCUAUAGGAAGUUACACAGGAGCUUAAAUCGAACAGGCACAGCACAACCGGGGACCCAGACAUGCAGUACCUCUAUACAAAGUAAAAGUAGCAGUGGCUCAGCACACUUUGCAUUUACAGCCGAACAAUACCAGCAACAUCAACAGCAACUGGCACUAAUGCAGAAACAGCAGCUUGCCCAAAUUCAUCAGCAGCAAGCAAAUAGUAAUUCUUCUGCGAACGCUUCACAGAGCCUUGCAACUAACCGACAGGGAAGUGGCUUUCGCUCGAAUCUACAUCUUAGCCAUAAGACUCUGUUAGGUUUUAUUUCCAAGACGUUGGAUUCUGUUAGUGCUCAGUUUGCUGCUUCAGCAUUGGUUACAUCAGAACAGCUCAUGGGAUUCAAAAUGAAGGAUGAUGUGGUGCUUGGAAUUGGGGUCAAUGGCAUCCUUCAAGCCUCAGGAGUAUACAAGGGCUUACACCUCAGCACUACCACGCCUGCAGCACUUGUACACACAAGCUCGUCAUCAACAACAGGUUCAGCCUUGUUACCGCCUUCGAGUAUAACACAGACUUCAAGUUCCCACAGUGCACUGAGUCACCCAGUAACUGCUGCCAAUUCUGCAACAACUCAGGUUCUGAUUGGGAACAACAUUAGAUUAACUGUCCCCUCCUCAGUUGCCACUGCAAACUCUAUUACUACGCUCAAUGCACGACACAUACCUAGGACUCUAAGUGCUGUUCCAUCAUCUGCCUUAAAGCUGGCUGCAGCAGCAAACUGUCAGGUGCCCAAGGUCCCAGCUUCCUCCUCUGUGGAUACAGU